GGAUUUGCCUGGAAUCAGGGAAUGUAUUAAAACUGGUCUUAGAGAGGAUCAGGCAAGAAGAGGACUUGAUUGCAGACAUCUCAUUUCCGUAGGAAAUGGGGCUAAAAAUAGGGAAGGAAUGUAAGGAAACUUCUUUUUCUUGACGCCCCCCCCAUUCCCCAGCUGGGAAUCAGCUUUUGUCCCAAAAUCUGUUUAUUGCCUCGCUGUUGUUUUCUGGGGCCCAGAUGUAGCCAUGAGCCUGAUUUCUGGCUUUGGAGAAGCCGGAGCAGGGCCGUUUCUAGGGGCUGAUGCACAAGGAAGACACACGUGAUGGCAAGAUGGGUUUCUGGGAGAGGUCUGCUGGCUCUCCAUGACAGUCCCUAUGUUAUCCAGGGGCCUCCCUCCAGCCCUGAUCCCGCUGGCAGCAGCUGUGAUCCUGAUAACCCUGUGGCUGGUUGAGUGUUGAUGUCCCUGUGGGCAUCAGGACGUUCCCUUUGGACACCUGAUAGGGGCUAUAAAUACCAGGUGGGUUCAUGUUCCCUCAAGCAUCGAGUGGGCUGUGCCAAGUCACCCCAGAUGGUCAGGCUUGAGAGAUCCCUGUGCCAGAGAAAUGACUGCAGCCUUUGGAAAAGGGACUGAGUCCCUGAUGUGGGCGUUUGAAGGCUCCACACCCUUGGCCAGGUGCCUUCUCCCAGCUUCUUUUUCUGCAGCACUGGUGUCACCUGGGAUCUGCGUCCCACGGGUCAGAAGUGUUCUGGGGUCUGAUGGAGAGAGUCAGGAUGCUGCUCAAGGUGCUGCCAGGCUUAUCCCUUCUUCCCAGGAUGCCCAAGGCACAUCCAUGCCAGCUCCAGCGCUGACCGUACGAUUCAUCACCAGGAGAUUCAUUGGAGACUAUGACCCAACCCUAGAAAUGAUCUACAGGCACGUGGCUGUCAUCGAUGGGGAGAUGGUGCACUUCGAGAUCCUCGACACAGCCGGACAGGAGGAGGACUCCCUGCAGAUCGAGGAGAAGAUCAAGUGGGGCGAUGGCUUUGCCGUGGUGUACUCGGUGACCGACCGCUGCAGCUUCGACGAGGUGAUGCGGCUCUGCUUCCUCAUCAACCACCUGCACGCCAGCCCCAAGCGCAGCGGCGGCGCCGAGCAGCCCCCCGUGGUCAUCGUGGGCAACAAGAAGGACCUGCAGUUCGACAGGAUGGUGUCCACCGAGGACGGGGAGAACCUCUCCAAAGCCCUCAAGAUUCCCUUCUACGAGAUCUCCACCCGGGACAGCUACGAGGAGCCGGUGGCGGUGUUCAGCAGCCUCUACCAGGAGCUGCUCAGGCAGGGCCACUUCUCCCCGGGCUCCUUCAAGAGGAGGACAGUGUCCAAGCUCAUGGAGAAGAUUCCCAAAAUGCAAGCCAGCUCCACCCUGAACUCCGCGGGCAGGAGCCUCAGCUUUAACUCCUUCAGGGACUACAUUCCCGAGUGAGCGCCCGGCUCACGCCCGGGAUGGGGUCGGCUGCUGGGGCUGUGCCGGCUCUCUGGAGGGGAAGGACAGGAGUGCAGAGGGUAGCACCGGGCUACAAAAGCCUCUGGGUUCUUCUUACAGGGGGCUUUGUGCCAGCAGGGAAGGUUUUCUUCAUCCAUCUGAUCCCUUUGCUCCCUCCUCACCCUCUGGCGUAGCUGAGGUGACUCCAGUGGUGUUGGGACAGCCCUCGGAGGGAGGCUCAGCUGUGUUUUGGUGGGGCUCAGACCCAGCACAGGCACGUCUGGGGGGGUUUUCCCCCUCCCCUGAGCUGGCUGGGGAUAUUUGCACCCCAAAUCCAGCACCCACCGUGCUGGGUGACCCCGAGGGCCAUGCUGGCUCCCAGGCUGGCAGCAGCCAUUCCCUGGGGAUGGAGCCUGCUUCCUCAGCGUGGCUGGUGAGUAAAACCCCUGGAUCCUCCAACCCUUCCAGCCCAUCCAGGCUGUGCUCAGUAGCACAGAGCUGAUUCCAGAAGCUGCUUGCAGGUCCCCCUCUGUCUGCUCAUCAGCUGCCCUGUUUCCAGAGGGAAAACCACCGUGGCCUGAGGAGUUGUUUCGCACAGGGAUGGGGCAGGAGAGGCAUGGGAAGGAGCCGGGCUCAUGGCUCACGUUCCUUCCCUCCCUCUGGGUGUUGGGGCUGUGUGGCUGCUUGGGGUGGCUGUGCUGGGACCCUGUGGUGUGACUCCCCUGUCCCCUCUGUUGUGACUGACCCCAUUGUCUGCUGCCGUGUCCUGUGACAAUAAAAGUCGAGUUCCCAA